AUGGCGGGGAACGACUGGAUAAACAGUUACCUGGAAGCAAUUCUCGACGUGGGUCCUGGACUAGACGACGCCAAAUCGUCUCUGCUGUUGAGGGAGCGAGGCAGGUUCAGUCCAACUCGCUAUUUCGUCGAGGAAGUCAUCACUGGGUUCGAUGAGACCGAUCUUCAUCGCUCUUGGGUCAAGGCUCAAGCGACGAGGAGUCCACAGGAAAGGAACACGAGAUUGGAGAAUAUGUGCUGGAGGAUUUGGAACUUGGCUCGUCAGAAGAAGCAGCUUGAGGGAGAGCUAGCUCAGACAAAUGCUAAGCGCCAUAUUGAACGUGAAAGGGGCCGCAGGGAAGCAACUGCUGAUAUGUCAGAAGACUUGUCAGAGGGUGAAAAGGGAGAUGCACCUAGUGAUCUAUCAACCCAUGGUGACAGUAACAGGGGAAGACUGCCCAGGAUUAACUCUGCUGAUGCUAUGGAAGCAUGGGCCAGCCAGCAGAAAGGGAAAAAGCUGUACAUUGUACUGAUAAGCCUCCAUGGACUAAUACGAGGAGAAAGUAUGGAGCUUGGACGUGAUUCAGAUACUGGUGGUCAGGUUAAGUAUGUUGUGGAACUUGCAAGAGCUUUGGGUUCCAUGCCAGGAGUGUAUCGAGUAGAUUUGUUAACAAGACAAGUGUCAGCUCCAGAUGUAGAUUGGAGUUACGGUGAACCGACUGAGAUGUUGACUCUUACAAACUUGGAAGAUGAUGAAGAUGAGAUGGGGGAGAGCAGUGGUGCCUAUAUUGUCCGGAUACCGUUUGGACCAAAGGACAAGUAUAUUGAGAAAGAACUGUUGUGGCCUCACAUCCCGGAAUUUGUUGAUGGUGCGCUGAACCAUGUAAUCCAGAUGUCCAAAGUCCUAGGUGAACAAGUUGGUGGGGGGAAACCUGUUUGGCCAGUUGCCAUCCAUGGCCACUAUGCUGAUGCUGGUGACUCUGCAGCUCUUUUAUCCGGUGCUCUAAAUGUGCCAAUGCUUUUUACUGGCCACUCACUUGGGCGGGAUAAGUUGGACCAACUACUGAAACAAGGUCGACUUUCGAGAGAAGAAAUAAACUCCACAUACAAAAUAAUGCGUAGGAUUGAGGCCGAGGAACUUGCGCUUGAUGCAUCUGAGAUUGUCAUAACAAGCACUAGACAAGAGAUAGAGCAACAGUGGAGGCUGUAUGAUGGUUUUGAUCCGGUUUUGGAGCGUAAACUGCGCGCAAGAAUCAGGCGCAAUGUCAGCUGUUAUGGAAGGUUUAUGCCUCGGAUGGCUGUAAUCCCUCCUGGAAUGGAGUUCCACCACAUUGUACCUCAUGAUGGUGAUAUUGAGGGCGAAGCCGAAGGAAAUGAUGACCAUCCUACUUCUCCUGAACCACCAAUAUGGCCUGAGAUAAUGCGUUUUUUCACCAAUCCUCGCAAGCCAAUGAUCCUUGCACUUGCUCGGGCAGACCCCAAGAAGAAUAUCACAACUUUGGUCAAGGCAUUUGGAGAAUGCCGCCCCCUGAGAGAGCUUGCUAAUCUGACUCUAAUCAUGGGGAAUAGAGAUGAAAUCGAUGAAAUGCCAAGUACAAAUGCCUCCGUACUCCUUUCAGUGCUUAAGCUCAUUGACAAAUAUGAUUUAUAUGGGCAAGUGGCAUAUCCUAAGCAUCAUAAACAAGCUGAUGUUCCAGAUAUAUAUCGCCUAGCUGCAAAAACUAAGGGCGUCUUCAUCAAUCCAGCUUUCAUUGAGCCAUUUGGGCUAACUCUGAUCGAGGCCGCAGCAUAUGGCUUGCCGAUGGUUGCUACAAAAAAUGGUGGCCCUGUGGACAUUCAUAGGGUACUGGACAAUGGACUUCUUAUUGACCCACAUGAUCAACAAUCAAUUGCAAAUGCGCUUCUGAAGCUAGUAGCUGACAAGCAGCUUUGGGCAAAAUGCCGGCAAAAUGGUUUGAAAAACAUACACCUCUUUUCAUGGCCAGAGCAUUGUAAAACCUACUUGUCACGGAUAGCUGCUUGCAAGCCAAGGCACCCACAGUGGCAGCAAACCGACGAUGGAGGUGACACUUCAGACCUAGAUUCACCUGGCGAUUCAUUGAGGGACAUACAUGACAUUUCCUUGAACUUGAAGUUCUCAAUGGAUGGAGAUAAAGGGGCUUCAGGAAAUGACAGUUAUCUCGACUCUGAAGGAAACCUUGGCGAUGGUAACAAGAGCAAACUCGAGCAUGCAGUGAUGGCUUGGUCGAGGGGCGUCUCGAAGGAAUCUCGUAAAUCCGACAGAGGUGAACAAUCCCAGGGCUCGGUUUUUCCUGCACUGAGGAGGAGGAAGUAUAUCUUUGUCAUUGCGUUGGAUUGUGAUGACAUCAAUUCUCUGGUUGAAGCCAUUAGGAAGAUAUUUGCCUCUGUGGAAAAGGAAACCACCCAAGGCUCAAUCGGGUUCAUACUGUCGACAUCAUUGACCAUAACCGAGAUUGAGUCGUUUCUUGCUUCUGGAGGGUUUAACCCGAGUGACUUUGAUGCUUUUAUCUGCAACAGUGGUAGUGAACUCUAUUACUCGGCUCCCGGUGCAGAAGAUGGUCCAUUUGUGGUUGACUUCUAUUACCAUUCUCAUAUUGAGUACCGUUGGGGUGGAGAAGGGCUCAGGAAGACUUUAGUACGCUGGGCAUCUUCUGUUGUGGAUAAGAAGACUGGUAGUGAGGAGCAUAUUGUCAUUCCUUCUGAACAACUUUCGACCAACUAUUGCUAUGCCUUUAAAUUGCAGAGCCAAAAGCCAGGAUUGGUUCCACCGGUCAAGGAACUUCGUAAGGCACUGAGAAUUCAGGCGCUUCGGUGCCAUGUGGUCUACUGCCAAAACGGAAGCAGGAUAAAUGUAAUUCCUGUGUUGGCUUCUCGAUCUCAAGCCCUCAGGUAUCUAUAUGUACGUUGGGGAGUCGAGUUAACAAAUAUGGUGGUGUUCACUGGAGAAAGCGGCGACACUGAUUACGAAGGGUUGCUGGGUGGAGUUCACAAGACGGUGGUUCUGAAGGGAGUCUGCCGUUCUGCAAACAGUCAACUCCAUUUGAACAGAAGUUACCCUCUCUCCGAUGUCAUAGCAACCGACAGUCCGAACGUCUCUUAUACAGCCGAAGACUCGAGCAGCUCCGACAUCCGGGAUUCGUUGCAGAAGUUGGGAUGCAUCAAAGCAUAG